GAGGCCGCGGCCCGUGCGCGGCGGGGCCGGCCGGCGGCGGAGCGGGGCGGGGCGGGCGGCACAAGAUGGCGGCCGCCAUGUACCUGGAGCACUACCUGGACAGCAUCGAGAACCUGCCCUGCGAGCUGCAGCGCAACUUCCAGCUGAUGCGGGAGCUCGACCAGCGGACGGAAGAUAAGAAAGCAGAAAUUGACAGUCUUGCAGCAGAAUACAUUGAAUCUGUGAAGAACAUGUUGCCCGAGGAGCGAGUGGAACACCUGAAAAAAAUCCAGAGUGCCUACAGUAAAUGUAAAGAGUACAGCGACGAUAAAGUACAGCUGGCCAUGCAGACAUACGAGAUGGUGGAUAAGCAUAUCCGCCGGCUGGAUGCAGACUUGGCACGGUUUGAAGCAGAUCUGAAAGAUAAACUGGAAGGCAGUGACUUUGAAAACCCUGGAGCACGAAGCCUGAAAAAGGGACGAAGUCAAAAAGACAAAAGAGGCUCUCGUGGUCGAGGCAGGCGAACAUCUGAAGAAGAUACACCAAAGAAAAAGAAACUCAAAGGAGGCUCUGAGUUUGCUGAUACCAUCCUGUCAGUGCAUCCCUCAGAUGUCCUAGACAUGCCAGUGGACCCCAACGAGCCCACCUACUGCUUGUGUCACCAGGUGUCGUACGGAGAAAUGAUCGGCUGUGACAACCCAGAUUGCCCAAUUGAAUGGUUCCACUUUGCUUGUGUGGAUCUCACCACCAAACCAAAAGGGAAAUGGUUUUGUCCACGUUGUGUUCAGGAAAGAAAGAAAAAGAAGUAAGGAGUAGAGGGGAAUACAUCCUCUGAGGCUAGAAGAGUUUUUUAAUAUAUUCCUUCCUUCAAGUUGCAAUAUCAUCUUUUCGAUUUUGAUUUUAAAACCUACCCUCUUCCUUUUUCUGAUACGAUAUUUAAUUGUCCAGUGGCCAGUUGUAAUUCCUGUUCUUUCGUAAGAAAAUGACUGUGGGAGGGAGGGAAUCUGCCACAGGGAUUUUAUUUAUGUUACACUUGCACAACACUGUAAUCAGUGUUACUAUGAAGUGUUAGGGCAGCCAGUAGCUGUAAGUCUGCUAGUUUAUAGGAGUCUGUGAAACCACGUAAGGUGUUGCAGGCACAUGAGAUACCUGUAACUUCAUGGUGCAUCGCCAUCACUGAAGUCGUUCAGUUACCUGGAGCUUAGCAUGGUAGAGAAAAAGGAAUUGUCUCUCUUGUAGCCUGCAGAAGAGGAAUAGUUUUGGUGUGAAGUCCAUUUGUUCUGCAGUUUUGUUGUACAGAGGAACAAGAAAGCUGGUCAGCUGUUUCCAAUGUCUGUUUCCUCAAAGCCAAAUACUGUGCUUAGUUUUGACAGGGUAGGGAUGGGACGGAGAUAAGACCGUAUCUUCUCUUCUGGGGAAUUUCUUCUGUCUAACUUUGCACUGCCAUUAUUUUACUUGAUCUUGCUUGCGUUCAUGUGAACCUUAAGAGAAGCAAAACAUCUGACUUUUUGCCUCCUAUAAAAGGUUUGUCUCUUCUGGGACAAGAGCUUUAAAUCUCACAGGAAUUGUCCUGCAGUGUUUCUUAGUGACAGUAGUAUUGAGAGAGUGAGUUACCUUUCCUGUCAGUUUUCAUUUCUUUGGAAAUUCUUUAAGUAUAUUACUGUGAAGUUGAAACCUAGAGUAUUGUUAUAGAGGGUCUGAUUUAUUCAUAAAAGAAGAUGAAGGCCUUAUUUUUAUUACUUGUGUAUGCCUGUGUUGCACCUCAGUAAAUCAGGAAAAGAAGCUUUAAGGGAAUCCUCUGCAAGGAUAACAUGUACAUUCCUGUGAUGGUGCGGCAAAGCUGAAAGAAGGGUGGCCAUUAGGUAGCUUGGUGGAGGUUGUGGUGUUUUAAUAGAAUUUGCUAUGAAGCUGUCUUAUUGAAGAAGGCAAUUCAGUAGGAAUGUUUUAAAAUGACAUCUUGCCUUCUUAGUAGGGGCAUAUUUGCCUGUUCUUGACUUCUUUGAGCUGCCUUUCAGAUCUUGAAUAUGAAUCCUUGCUGUCAUCACCGUGCCAGUUGCUGCAGCAGAAGGAUGAGAAGGAAAUCAGUAAUAGGAAAACUAAAGUCUUUUUGCGUGUGUUUUUUUUUUUCCCUCCUUUGAGUUAUAGCAGAUUCAGAACCUGAGGGAAGAACAGAGAUAAGUAUUGUCUUUAGAUGUAUCCUGGAUUAUUGGGCUUAAUUGCCUACACAAAAAUGUUGUUGGUAAAGGUUUUUCUGCUAGGGGAGGGAGAAAACACCAAAACCCUGCAGCAGUACAGACCAGGGUUCAUGAACUCUUCCGGCUGUGGUCUGUGAUGGGUGUUUAUGGCAGCUCUGUGCAGGGCUGUGUGUUACUUGGCAUACCAUUGUGCGGAGCUCUUGGUGCAGACUGUUGGAAAUCCUUCCAGAUAAGCUUUUUUCUGCUUUAAAAGCAAUCUGAAUAAACAGUACAGAGGGGGGUGGGGGGGGGAAAAAAAAAACAAAACAACACUGUUCUAGUUGGACUUUGGCAACAGCUUCUGAAAGAACUUUGUUGUUGUUUUUUGUUUGUUUGUUUGUUUUUUCUUGCCCUGGCCCUCUUACUUGUGCUUUGCAGUGAAAGUAGAACACGGCCCUUGCCUGUUUUCCUUUCCUGCUUUGCUCUGCUGGGUUUUGUAGAUGCUACAGGUAUGUAAGGACUCUUGCAGAAGAAACAUUUUGAUACUGAGACAGGUUUUCUGUGAACAUUUUGAUUUAUUGCAUCCGCUAUGCAAAAAGACCUGUCUCCAGGGCCCUCUCGUUUGAAGUGUGAUGUUGUACAUGUCCUUGUUAGGUUGCAUCACUCCAUGCUGUAUAUGAAGUUUCCAUAGUUAUGUUUACAAGACAAUGUACGUUUCUCAUUGUUGUCAUUGUAAAAGCACCCCAAAACCACACAGACAAAUUAGAAACGGAUUGAGGGUGAGAGGGGGAGAAGAAGCACAAUCAUGCAAACCUGAUCAUAGAAAUACAGUCAGCCCUCUUAUUUCUGCCUCUGUUUUGAGAGUAAAUUCAAUUGUGAUACCUCAUGAGCCAGCCUGUAAUUCAGUAACCAGUGGGUGAGACCUGUACCUCAUUGAUCUGCUACACUGGAUUAAUGUAAGAGUGUAACUGUGUCCUGAAGGCUAGUGGUGAUGCUGUUUCACGUUUUAUUUUCCCCUUCCAUCCAAUGGUAUUGUAAAAACUUUUUCCCCUUCUCCUAAGGCUUUAAUAGUAGUGCUAUCACCAUAGAUUAAGCAUUUGAUUUGAAACAAUCUCAAAGUUAGAUUGCGCCUCUUUGGAGGUUGUGCUGGAAACAUGCAAGUAUGGAAAUGUGCAGCUGUGGAUGAAUAAGAGCAAAGCUAGCUGCCCUAAACUCAGAAAAGAUGGUCAGGUAGGACAGCAAAUUUUUUGUUAGCAAGUGCUUUCCUGGGCUCAGAAGAACAGAUGUUUUCCAUUUUAACCAGCAAAGCACAAAAAAAAAAGUGCUAGAAGUUUGCAUCAGUCUUCAAAAGGAAAGAUGCUUCUUCACUAGGAAUCAUGAGCAAAGCUGAGGUGAUCCACGCUCUUCUUUACACUGGGACAUCUCCAACGUGUCUGCCCAUUGCACCGACACCAGCAAUAGACUGUCCUGUCGCCAACAUACCAGCACAGAGCCUCUAGCUGCUGUCACGGGCUCAAGAGCAUCUGUUGGCUGUUUACACCUGGGUUUAGAGAUCGUUAGAGACUCUUGUAGAUGGAAAUACCAGUAGCCUUCAUUUUUGGUCACUAAAGAGUUUAAAUCUUUCUCCUGAAUUUUGAAUGUACGGCGUUAAAUCUGCUUUAAGGAGAAGGAUGAACAAGACUGUGAUACUUAAAGGAAUGUUCCACUAAAGAUUGUCGAAACACCUGCGUACACUGUGGUGUUCAGCUUUAUCGCAGCUCAUCCAAACUGGGGGUGACGCAACUUUAACCCGAUUUUUCUAUUUUUUUAAAGAAUCCGACCUGUGUUCCCUUUGUAAAUGGAAGAGACUAUAAAGCUUUUUAUUAAUAAAAAAAAAAAACACAAAAAACCAUCAAACAAGAAUGUAAAGUAAAAUCUUUAUCUGUAUUUUUGGAUCUUGUCAUAGAUGAUGGCUAUAUUGAUUUACAAAUAAAGUAUUUUUGGG